CCGCCUGCGUUUGAGCUGGGCCGGUGCGGCGGCGCGCGCUCCACGCUGUCCCGCUCCGAGCAAUGAUUAACCCGGCGGGGCGGCCGGCGCUCGGCCCGGAGCGGAGGCAGGAGCCCAGGGCGGGACCCCGUGGGGCCGCUAGGCUUCCGGCUGUUGCCCAAGUUUCCUUGUAGAGCGCCCAGUGCCGGCCUGCCCGGCCGUGGUGUGGCGUGGCGUGGCGCGGCGCGCGCGUGGGCGCUGGCCGGCCGCCGGGCUCACCAUGAGGACUCUCCGCAGGUUGAAGUUCAUGAGUUCGCCCAGCCUCAGUGACCUGAGCAAGAGAGAGCCGGCCGCCGCCGGGGACGAGAGGGGCACGCAGCAGCGCCGGGCCUGUGCCAACGCCACCUGGAACAGCAUCCACAACGGGGUGAUAGCCGUCUUCCAGCGCAAGGGGCUGCCUGACCAGGAGCUCUUCAGCCUCAACGAGGGUGUGCGGCAGCUGCUGAAGACAGAGCUGGGGUCCUUCUUCACCGAGUACCUGCAGAACCAGCUGCUGACAAAAGGCAUGGUCAUUCUUCGGGACAAGAUCCGCUUCUAUGAGGGACAGAAGCUGCUGGACUCACUGGCGGAGACCUGGGACUUUUUCUUCAGCGACGUGCUCCCCACACUGCAGGCCAUCUUCUACCCCGUGCAGGGGAAGGAGCCUUCGGUGCGCCAGCUGGCCCUGCUGCACUUCCGCAACACCAUCACCCUGAGCGUGAAGCUGGAGGACGCGCUGGCCCGUGCCCACGCCCGCGUGCCACCUGCCAUCGUGCAGAUGCUGCUGGUGCUGCAGGUAGAGGGUGUGCACGAAGCCCGGGGUGCGACUGAUGACUACCUGCGCCUGGAAACGCUGGUCCAGAAGGUGGUGUCGCCGUACCUGGGCACCUACGGCCUCUACUCCAGCGAGGGCCCCUUUGUCCACUCCUGCAUCUUGGGUGUGCGGGAGCCCUGGUGUGACCUCGAGCCUCUCCCUGCAGAGAAGCGCCUCCUGCGCUGCUCCCACUCUGGCGACGUCCUGGCCAAGAACCCUGUGGUGCGCUCCAAGAGCUACAACACUCCGCUGCUGAACCCCGUGGCCGAGCACGAGGCGGAGGGGAUGGCGGGCAGCAACACGAGCAUCCGCCGGCACUCAGUGUCCGAGAUGACGUCCUGCCCUGAGCCCCAGGGCUUCACUGAUGCUCCCGGCCAGGGCCCCUCAGGGGCCUUCAGGUCACCCCCGACGCCUCACUCGGGGCCCUGCCCCAGCAGACUGUACCCCUCCGCCCAGCCCCCCAAGCCCGGCCCGGCCCUCAGCUCGCCGCCCACCUCCAGCCCUGAGACCCUGGUGGACCAGACCCUGGAGUCGGUGGACUCGGACUCUGAGGGCAUCUUCAUCGACUUUGGCCGGGGUGGCGGCUCCAGCGUGUCCGACUUCGAGGGGCCUGGUGGCCAGCAGAGCAUCGUGUGAGUGGCAGGGCCAGCAGAGCCUUUAACUGGCCCUGCUUGAGUGCGUGUCCGCGUGGAGUGUGCGUGAGUGUGUGCGAGACUUUUCUACUCCCCCACUCCGCUGGCCCCCAGCAACCUCAUCACUGCCUCGGCCACUUUCUGCUCCCGGCCGGCGAAAGAGCUGUUGUCGGGUGUCACCAGGUGCAUAGCGAGCGUCUGAAAUGGAUGAGGUCGUGCGCCCCUACCUGCCAAGCCAGCAGCGUCUGCGCCCCUCACAGAGACUGAGUUGGUGGCACCUGCCUGCACUGCCCGGCUCGGCCCCCAGGAGGCAGGGCCCUGCUCUGACCCUUGUCCUCGGGCCACGGCCUGCCCUCCCUCUGCCUCAGGUGGCCCCUGGGACAGGCGAGGGUGGAAUAAAAUGUGUCUGCCCACUCUGUGGCUGUCUCGCCCUACAUCCUGUGGUGUCGCAGCUCUCAGAAGCCCCUCCCCACCUGUGGAAGGCACAUCCUGUGCUGUGGCCCAGCCAGCCCCGGCCGGCCGUCCAGGCAUUGCUUGGCUUCUGCAUAGGACCCCUACGGGGUGGGGCCAGGGAAGCUCCUCUCCAGGCUGUGUGUGUGAGCAUCUGUCCAGGUGUGAGUGCGUGUGCAAUCAUGCGAUUGUGUAUUUGUAUACAAGCCGCGUGUACAUGUGCACGACAUGAAUCUGUAUGUGAGAGAUAGGAGCUAAAGCCCAGCCCUCAUCCAGUGUUCUGAUGCCACCAUGGGGUCAAGGCAGCAAGCUUUCCAGCAGCCAUCCUGGCAUAGAACUGGGACCCAGGCCCAUGUGGGCAGAGAGAGGCCAGGCCUCGGGGCACAGGUGGCCAGCUGCCGGGGGCUGGGACCAGUGUGGGCUAGACCUGCCCUUGAAGGUAACCGGGACUCAAGCUCCCUGGCCUGUCUCUUGUUCUGUGUGUGGCAGUGCCACAGGCCAAGGGGACCAGGCGGCUCUGGACUAAGCUGUGUGUCAGGUGGAGGUAACCAGGAGAACAUCCCAGAUUCAGGGAGAGGGAAUGAGAAGGGAGGAGUGGAGCGAGCUGUUGUGGGCACGUGGGGGUGUAUUUUGUCCAUGUGCACAGGCGGGGCCGCCAAGCCAGCUCUGCCCCGGGGGCCCUGGGCAGCAGCGGGGCGCAUGAGGGCACUGGGCGGGUCAUGCAAGCCCUCUGCCUCUCCCCAGCCAGCCAGGCUGCAGGAAGCCCAGCUGGAGCCACUGUGUGCCGGGGUUGCUGUCGGGGGAGGUGGCCUGGCAAGGCAACCCCCACAAGAGCCACAGGGAGGAGGAGGCAGAGUGGCUGGCCCUGGGGACCUGUCUGAGGCAGAGCGAGUGGAGGUGUCAGGGUCCUCCAGGUUGCAGCCUGUCCCGAGGUGGAGAGAGAAGGAGGAGAAAGCAUCUGAAGGAGUCAUCAGUGCUGCACAGCCUCAAUCCUCAACUCCAAGCGAGGCCACCCUGGGCUUGAGCUCAGGGUAGGAGGACAGGUGGGACAUGCCAGUCCAGCAUGCCGUGGGUGGGUCAGCAAGAGCAGAGCACGGUUAUCUGGGGCCGCACAUGAGAGCCUUGUCCCCACAGCUGCAGGGUCCACUAGGGAGGGGGUACUCAGGAAAGCCCAGAUGGGCUUCUGAGGCCUUGCUUGAACCCUUCCCAGAGCUGACAUUUUAGGUGCCUGUGUAUUGUGUCGUGCACCUGUGUGUGUGUGUGAGAGAGAGAGAGAGACACGGAGGCUCCUUGGCACCUCUCCACGCCUCCUCCCUUAAGGAGUGUGCUCUGACUCCACUGCCUCAUGGGACCCCUCUGGGAAGCCCAAGUGGAGGAGAGCAGUGUUUUAGUGGGGGCACCUGGAGCCCAGCCCAGGAGAGCUCAGCAGAGAUGCCAGGAGAAGCAGGACCCAGCGGGUGGGGUGGAGGAAUCUGCUCCAGGGACAGGGCCAUCACAAACUGCCGCUAAGACCCUUAAAAUCACCAGUGCUCUUCCAGGUGCCCCUGCUCUCUAUGUCCUGUCUUCUGCUGAUUGGGAGGGAGGUGAGGAUCCCGGCUCUGGCCAUUAAGUCCUGAGCCAAGGAGAUGCAGUCUUUGGAGUUGGAGCAGUUUGUUGUCAGGUAGAGCCCUUGAGGGGACAGAACCCCAGGUAGAAGCUAGACACACGGCCUUUGUGUGACGUCGGCCUGUUUGAUGGGAGCGCCGGAGUCUGGGGGAUGCUUGUUACGGCAGCAUUACCUGCCCUGGCCUGACUAUGCAUGAGUCUACCGGGACACUGGAGGCAGCAGGCCUGAAGGGUCAUCCAGGAUCCUGCAUUGUAUGUUCUCAGCAUCUGGGACCCUGGCAGGCAGAGCCAGGCCUCCAGUGUGAUUCAGAAUUGGUUACUUUGUGACCUUGUGAGGGUUACCCAGCCCUGGUCUCUUCAUCUGUAGCAAGGAUCUUUCCAAAUACAGAGUCUGACAGGUGGUGUUUCUUUCUUUUUUUUUUUUUUGAUACCGAGGAUUGAACUCAGGUCCUUGUGCUUGCAGGGCAGGCGGUGAACCCACUGAGCUAAAUCCCCGGCCCAGACAGGUGGUGUUUCUUUGUUCCCCAUGCACGCACAGGCACAAGUAGGAUGGGCUGUGGGGUUAUAAACCUGUGGCCCUGCACAGAUGACAGUGGCUUUUGACCCAAAGGUGACAAUGGCUUAAUAAUAAACAUGGUUUUGCUCCUGAGAA